AUGUAGAUAUGGUUAAAAAUUGUAUUUGGAAUUGCCACAUCUGCUGUUCUUGCUUUGCUGGUGAUGUGCAUUGUCUUACGUCCUUCAAGAGUUCAUGACUCUGAAGGAAGUACAACAAGAACACUCACAUUGAAGGAUAUUUUAAAUGGGACAUUUUCCUAUAAGACAUUUUUUCCAAACUGGAUUUCAGGACAAGAAUAUCUUCAUCAGUCUACAGAUAAUGAUAUAGUAUAUUACAAUAUUGAAACAGGAGAAUCAUAUACCAUUUUGAGUAAUAACACCAUGAAAAGUGUGAAUGCUUCAAAUUAUGGCUUGUCACCUGAUCGGCAAUUUGCCUAUCUAGAAAGUGAUUAUUCAAAGCUUUGGAGAUACUCUUACACAGCAACAUAUCACAUCUAUGACCUAAAUACUGGACAGUUUGUAAGAAGAAAUGAGCUUCCUCGUCCAAUUCAGUAUUUAUGCUGGUCGCCUGUUGGGAGUAAAUUAGCAUAUGUCUAUCAAAACAAUAUCUAUUUGAAACAAAGACCAGAAGACCCACCUUUUCAAAUAACAUUUAAUGGAAGAGAAAAUAAAAUAUUCAAUGGGAUCCCAGACUGGGUUUAUGAAGAGGAAAUGCUUGCUACAAAAUAUGCUCUCUGGUGGUCUCCUAAUGGAAAAUUUUUGGCAUAUGCAGAAUUUAAUGAUACCGAGAUACCAGUUAUCGCCUAUUCCUAUUAUGGUGAUGAACAAUACCCUAGAACAAUAAAUAUUCCAUACCCCAAGGCUGGAGCUAAGAAUCCUGUUGUUCGGUUAUUUAUUAUCGAUGCCACUCACCCUGAGCAUAUAGGUCCCAUAGAAGUGCCAGUUCCAGCAAUGAUAGCAUCAAGUGAUUAUUAUUUCAGUUGGCUCACAUGGGUUACUGAUGAACGAAUAUGUUUCCAGUGGCUGAAAAGAAUCCAGAAUGUUUCAGUUCUGUCUAUAUGUGAUUUCAGAGAAGGCUGGCAGACAUGGGAUUGUCCAAAGACCCAGGAGCAUAUAGAAGAAAGCAGAACUGGAUGGGCUGGUGGAUUCUUUGUUUCAACACCAGUUUUCAGCUAUGAUGCCAUUUCAUACUACAAAAUAUUUAGCGACAAGGAUGGCUACAAACAUAUUCACUAUAUCAAAGACACUGUGGAAAAUGCUAUUCAAAUUACAAGUGGCAAGUGGGAGGCCAUAAAUAUAUUCAGAGUAACACAGGAUUCACUGUUUUAUUCUAGCAAUGAAUUUGAAGGCUACCCUGGAAGAAGAAAUAUCUAUAGAAUUAGCAUUGGAAGCUAUCCUCCAAGCAAAAAGUGCAUUACUUGCCAUCUAAGGAAAGAAAGGUGCCAAUAUUACACAGCAAGUUUCAGUGACUACGCCAAGUACUAUGCACUUGUCUGCUAUGGCCCAGGCCUCCCCAUUUCCACCCUUCAUGACGGUCACACUGAUCAAGAAAUUAAAAUCCUGGAAGAAAACAAGGAAUUGGAAAAUGCUUUGAAAAAUAUCCAGCUGCCUAAAGAAGAAAUUAAGAAACUUGAAGUGGAUGAAAUUACUUUAUGGUACAAGAUGAUUCUUCCUCCUCAAUUUGACAGAUCAAAGAAGUAUCCCUUGCUAAUUCAAGUGUAUGGUGGUCCUUGUAGUCAGAGCGUAAGGUCUGUAUUCGCUAUUAGUUGGAUUUCUUAUCUUGCAAGUAAGGAAGGGAUAGUCAUUGCCUUGGUGGAUGGCCGAGGAACAGCCUUCCAAGGUGACAAACUCCUGUAUGCAGUGUAUCGAAAGCUGGGUGUUUAUGAAGUUGAGGACCAGAUCACAGCUGUCAGAAAAUUCAUAGAAAUGGGUUUCAUUGAUGAAAAAAGAAUAGCCAUAUGGGGCUGGUCCUAUGGAGGCUAUGUUUCAUCACUGGCCCUUGCUUCAGGAACCGGUCUUUUCAAAUGUGGGAUAGCAGUGGCUCCUGUCUCCAGCUGGGAAUAUUACGCAUCUAUCUACACGGAGCGAUUCAUGGGCCUCCCAACAAAGGACGAUAAUCUCGAGCACUAUAAAAAUUCAACUGUGAUGGCAAGAGCAGAAUAUUUCAGAAAUGUAGACUAUCUUCUCAUCCACGGAACAGCAGAUGAUAAUGUGCACUUUCAAAACUCAGCACAGAUUGCUAAAGCUCUGGUUAAUGCACAAGUGGAUUUCCAGGCAAUGUGGUACUCUGACCAGAACCAUGGCAUUUCCGGCCUGUCCACGAAGCACUUAUACACCCACAUGACCCACUUCCUAAAGCAGUGUUUUUCUUUGUCCGACUAA